AUGCUCGCCAGUCUUUGUCGGAGCGUUCGCGCUUGCCUCACCGACGUUGUGUCGUCCGUUGUUCGAUGCUCACUGCCUGCAAUUCCGGUUCCUCACGUUGCCAGCCUUGCUCCAGGUUCUGUUCUACCUGUUCGGGCUUACAAAAGUAUCGUUCAGAUGGCCCUCUGUGGGCCGUUUCGCAAAAAGCGGCCUCCUAACAAACACAUGGAUGGAAAACCCUUCAUGAAAGGCAUAGUGUUAAAGACUCUCAUCCGCAAGCCCAAGAAGCCCAACAGUGCAAACCGCAAGUGCGUCAAAGUGCGUCUUAGCAACGGUCGUGAGGUGGUCGCCUACGUGCCGGGCGAGGGGCACAACCUCCAGGAGCACAACAUCGUGCUACUUGAAACUGAUCCGAUUCCGCAGCCAGUAGCGCCGGCCUAUCUGGUGACCAAACGUCAGCGUGUCCGGUGUGUUCUCUGCUUUCUAGUGCUCAUAUUGACGGGCUUUUUCGGUGUCAUCUUCAUGAUGGCUCCCCUCCUACCCCUUGCCUACCUCACUCCCUCCUUCUUCCUUCUUCUCAUGGAUUGCGGUGUCCGAAUGUGGUGUAUGCUCAGUGAGGUCCUUCUCUGUGGCAUUCUACGAAUUCAAAUCCGCCUCUUUGGUGACGAUUUUGUUCUCCCCUCCUCUGUCAUCACAGAGGCGGUAGAGUCAACAUCGACGGGCACGUCUAGUCUGCUUAUCCUGAACCAUCGCACUCGUCUUGAUUGGAUCUUCGCCUUCUCCCUGGGCCGCUACGCACGCCACCUCAAGGUUGUACUCAAGCGCGAACUCUCCAACCUCCCAGGAGUGGGAUGGGCCAUGCAAAUGGAUGGGUUCAUCUUUCUUCGGCGUCGUAUUGCUGUCGAUUUGGCGCGCAUUCAGCAGGCUGUGGAGUACCUUCUGCGUCUUCAGGGUAGCGCUCAUAUUCUUCUCUUUCCUGAGGGUACUGAUCUCAGUGUUUAUGGACUGAAGAAGAGCGAUGUUUUCGCGGCUAAAGCGGGUCUCCCGCGCUACCGCUACACUCUGCAUCCUCACACUACGGGUUUUGAAACCUUUGCUCGAGCCCUUGGAUCCGAGCUUGCCUACGUGUACGACGUAACGGUGGCUUAUCCCUAUGCCCUGACCGAGUCGGAGCUGCGAAUGGCUACGGGCCAUUGUCCUCAGGAGGUGCACUUCCACGUACGCCGUUGGCCGGCCCACCAGCUGCCUCGACCAACUGAUGCGGCCCUAGUCACCAACAAUGGCAGCACCAUAAACACCAGCCCGCUGGCGCGUUGGGUACAAGAACGGUGGGCAGAGAAGGAGCAGAUGCUGAAGGACUAUUAUGCUCUCCCGCCAGACGAUCGUCGUUUCCCCGGCCCUGAAAUCAGUCGUGAGGGCGCAGUCAUCUCCGGUAGCGACGACCAAUGGUCACCCGGAGCUUGCGCCGUGCUUGCCUAUUGGCUCAUCUUUUUGGCCUUCAGUAUAACUGUCCUCUGGUGCCAUUGGGUAGUGCAAUUGUACGUUGUCGCCAUGACCAUCUUCUUUAUUUAUCGCGGUCGCGAAUCCCAGGGAUUGGCCGAAUGGUUGGCCGAACUGGCCGGUGUUCCAUUGACCCCGGACAAGACACAUUCCACUGAUUAG